UGCCCGGACAGUUUCAGUGUAACACACCUUGCGCAUACUCACUUGUUUAUGGCAUCUGCAUACUGUGUUAGAGUAACUAGUUCGCUGAUCUAGUCUUGUAGAAACAAAUAAUGGACAAGGACUUGUUGAGGCAGUGUUUGACAUAUCAUGGAGAAUCAUUGUUCAACAAACUGAAAUGUGAGCAAACGGAAAACCCAGAUUUCCAAGCUGUGGUGUCUGACUUGUGCAAGGCCACGUAUGAGAGGGGUGAAGGGCAGGGCAGUCCCCUUGUGGAGCAGUUCAUUGCCAGGAAGGCUGACAUCCUGUUCUGUCCAUCAUGGAAGACCACCACACUUCAAGAAGAAGAGCAUGAGGAGGAGGAGGAGGAGGAGGAGGCUACAGAGCCCUGUGCCAUCAUGCCACCACUGGAGUUAUUUAUGGAGGUGUCCUAUGAAGAGAGACGAUCCAUGCUGUACAGGGACUUAGAAAGAGGAGACAUUGUGGUUGGGAGGAUCAACAACAUUAGAGAAUACGGCUUCUUUCUCACUCUGCUGUGCAUGGCAGGAGGACUGAAGAGAGACAUAGAAGACUUAGAGUUGUCGUGUUUGUGUCACAUCAGAGAAAUUCCAUCCACUGGCAGCCAUGAUGACCCUCUGUCCUACUACCAGAUUGGGGACUUGAUCAGAGGUGGGGUGAAAGACAUUGACCGCUACCAGGAGAAAAUCACGGUGUCCCUCCACCAGGCCUCUCUGUCUCCCAGCUUGAAGCACAUCAAACUGGGAGUCAUUACCCAGGAGGAGUUGCCCAUACACUACAGUCGUAGUGUUCGUGCAGCCGCUGACUCCAGUGAGACAUAUGAACACAUACUGAGUCGUUGCCAUGGUUACCACAACCCCUCUGUUGUGGACUACUUGCUGAAGAAGGUGGGAAUUAGUGACACUCACCCACCGUCAAUGAUGAGAGGACUACAGAGUAAACUUUUCCAAGAGGAAGAUUUUGCUUCUGCUAUCAGGAAGAAGCAGUCUGCGUCCUGGGCCUUGAAGUGUGUCCGUGCAGGUGUGGACCACUUUAAACACGGACAUCAUGUGGAAGCCAUGAACGAAUACAACAAAGCCUUAGAGAUUGACACUAAUAAUGUAGAAGCACUGGUGGCACGGGGAGCUCUGUAUGCUAACAAAGGCAGCAUCAUGAAGGCGAUUACAGACUUUGAACUGGCUCUGGAGAGCUGUCCAGAUCACCGCAAUGCCAAGAAGUACCUCAGUCAGACUCUGGUGGAGAGAGGAAAACAGUUUGAAGGACAGGAGAAACUGGUAACAGCAGAAGGAAUGUAUAGGAGAGCACUUUCUCUGGAUGACUCAAACCCUGAGGCACAGGAGGCUCUGCACAAGAUCACAGACACUAUACAGAAAUCGAUUCGCCUACGAGAGGAAGCGCUGGCUAAGGAGCAGGUCAAAGCUAAGGGCAGCCAGACCAGCGCAGAGAAAUUGCGUAAGAUCUUGAAAGAGGAGAAGAGGAUGAAGAAGAAGCAGAAGAGAUCCGCCUCCUCCACUUCCUCCUCGUCUUCUUCCUCCAGGAGCACCUCUUCUUCUUCAUCUUCCUUCUCUCACAGGAGGUCAAAAAAGAAGAAGAAGAAGAGGAGGAGGAGAUCUGAGCAUGGAAAUAAACGCCAUCGCAGGAUCUCCUCAAGGGAGAGCAGGAAGAGUGAAGAGGGUAAGAGAGACACGAAAGAGAAAGAUGAGGAUGAAGUGGAGUGGUACCCAGCACCUCCCAACACCUCAGCCACCUUUCUCAACCUGAAAGGAGGUCUGGAGUUUGGAGAGAGGCAAGAGGAGGAAGGGAGAAAUGCAGAAGAUAAAAGGAUUUGUCAGCUUUAUUCUUUGUCAGCAGCCUCAGAGGAUGAAGAGUCCGACUCCUCACGUAGAGAAAGAAAAAGAAAGGACAGCAGGACAAGGAGAUGGAAAAACAGUAGAAGUCCAGACAAACAGGAGAAGCGAAGCAGUAGAGAAAGAAGGGAUACGAGCAGGGAGAGAGGGAAGAACAAUAACAGGAGAGAUAGUGACUCCAAGAGAAGAAACUUAGAUGAGAACACAAAGCGAAGAGUGUCCUGCUCGUCAGCUGAGUCUGACUAUUCAAGGAAAUCUAGCUUCCAUUCUGAAUAUUCCAGACACUCUGGUUCUGCUCCCAGGAUGAGACACGACUCAUCAAAGAGGAGCUCCUUCGAUGGAGGUAGGUGUGAGAGCAGAGGCAGGGAGGAAAUUUGUGAGGUAGAAGAGAGAGAGAAGGAAAGUAUAGAGGGGGGAGCAGCGGAAGAGAACAGCAGGUCAGAUAGACACAGCAAGAGAUCAGAAAGUGCUGGAAGCCAGAGUGGCUCGACCUCAGCGCCACAGGCGAGGCCUAAAAAAGACCUUCCUGCUAACCUGCUGGACAUUUUCAAUCAGAUUGCACAGUUUGAGAAGGAGAAAGGAGUCAGGCCAAAAAAGUAACUCCCAGAAUUUGCCAAACAUGACAACUAUAAAAUGGAUGUUUGACCCAUGAAUUUAUUUUCUGGACUACACGUGAUAAAUGGGUAAAUGUUUUUGGAGCUGCAAUGUACCGUCAUUGUAAAUUACCUUUAGUGUUGAAGAAAAUGCCAUGUCAUUUUUGAAAAGUUUUUUAUUUUCUAGGUUAAAUUUUACAGCCUGUGGUCAGUGGUAGUAUUUGCUGAACAAGAGUCGGCCAAAUGCAUUAUAAUUUUCAUCUGAUUGGGUUUAAACUAAAAUUUAAAAUGACCAAAAUAGUAUCCUGACUAAUGUGAAAACUAGUGUUGUUGUAACUAGUGAUUAUUAGUGAAAUUCAAGAGAACAUUUCCCAAGUAUUAUUGAAAACAGCCUCAAAAAAUAAUGUAUGAGUGAGAGCAUCAUUGAAUACAGAUAUUACAACUUAUAACCUUUCCAUUUAGUCAUUCUCGUGUUUGUUUUGACACGAUUCAGCACAUUUAGACAUCAGACUUUAACAUCUGUUUCAUGUUCAUCUCAAGUUGAGACUUUUCUCUGUUAAAGAACAAAACUGCCUUAUAUUUACUGCAUUCUGUGCGUUCUGUCUGUGGCUUGUUGAACCUCUUCCCAGACAACCUGACUGUUAGUACUACAGUACUUUUUCUAGCUCUGCUCAAUAUAGAUAUUUCAGUUGUAUUUUAGCACAUCUUUUUCCUGUGGCUAUAUGAAUUCAGUUAAUUAAAGGAUUUAAACUGAAA